GCAGGGCCUUCCUACAUGCGCUAAAUUUUAUAAAAAAUUUUAUAAUCGCACGAAAAUAUAAAAAUUAGAGAAUUAGAUAUUUAUUGAGUGAAGUAUAAUUAAACUUAAAAGAAUUUUUGGCCAAGGUGCCAUUGUAAGUUGAUAAACUUUUCGUCAUAACUUCGGAAAUUUAGUUUAAAAACAGAAAACCAUGACGCAGUUUCUGCCACCAAAUUUACUCGCUUUAUUUGCUGCUCGAGAUCCAAUUCCUUAUCUUCCACCACCAGAUAAGCUUCCACAUGAGAAAAAAACUAGAGGAUAUACUGGAGUUGGUGCCUUCCUCAGUGGUUUUGAGGAUCCUAAAGAUACACCACCUCCAACAAGGGUUGAAACGAAAGAAGAGCGUCUGGAAAGACGACGUCGGGAAAAAGCGGAACAAGUAGCUUACAAGUUAGAACGUGAAAUUGCUUUAUGGGAUCCAAAUGGUAUUGAAAACUUAACUGAAGAUCCAUUCAAAACGUUAUUUGUUGCACGCUUUAAUUACGAUACCUCCGAAUCAAAACUUCGUCGUGAAUUUGAGAUGUAUGGACCGAUUAAAAAAAUUAUAAUGAUUCAGGAUGUCGACUCAGGAAAGCCUAGAGGAUACGCAUUUAUUGAGUACGAACAUGAACGUGACAUGCACUCUGCUUAUAAACACGCUGAUGGUAAGAAAAUAGAUGGCAAAAGGGUGUUGGUCGAUGUGGAGCGGGCUCGAACGGUAAAAGGUUGGUUGCCAAGACGUUUAGGGGGAGGAUUAGGUGGAACACGUCGUGGUGGACCGGAAGUCAAUAUUAAACAUUCAGGACGUGAAGACAACGUUCGUGAAAAGGAACGUUACCGUUUGGAGCGAGAGCGUGAAGAUCGUCGUGGUGUUGAAGAGCGGCGUGGUGAUCGAUUUGAAAGACGACGUACAAGAUCGAGAGAAAAGAGUAAGAGCCGUACCCGUCGAUCACGCUCUAAAGAAAGAAGAAGACGAAAAUCACCUGAAGAAGAUUUCGAUCGUUAUGAAAGACGCGGAAAGUCUCGUGAGAAAGAAAGAAAGCGCAGACGAUCUCGUUCAAAAGACAGAGAUCGUUCGGAACGUAAGAGAGAUAAACGUGAUCGCUCAAGAUCUCGUGAUAAAGAUCGGGAAAGAAAACGCGACAAAGAGAGAAAGGAACGUAAACCAGAAUUUGACAUCAAAAUUAAAGAAGAACCAAUUGACGAUUAUCCCGAUUAUAGUCAACAAGAUUACUCACAGUACGCUGGACAAGUUAAGUAUGAAAGUGGCGACGAACAGAAAUAUCGACCAUCGGAACAGGGUAAUGGGAGCUACGAAUAUCGCCAAGAAUACUAGUAAAGUAGAUUUAAUCCCUUCCUUCAUUUUAUUUUUUUUCGUCUCAACUUUCCGACAACAAAAAAAGAUUUAAAUUGUCGUUCGUCGAAAAUAAUUUUCUUUUAAAUUCUCUUCGUAAGUUGUAAGUAAUUUGUAAGUAUUUCAAUUCCUUCUCAUAUUAAAAAUGGGUUACACUUCAAUACUUUCUUCUGUCGAUAUCGAAAUCGAUUUGUUUUUAUCCUCGAUAUUCCAAGAUUUUCAUGGAGCAUUUGCCUAAUAACUUUCACAGGAAAUUCAAAACUGUUUGUACGAUUUAUAAAUUUAAAAACUGCUUAGAACUGAAAUAAAUUUACUUGAGAAAUAAAAUAUUAAUUUGUUGUUACUGUUAUUGUUAAAAUAACUUGACUGUCCCCACCCACAACUUCAUGAUAAAUAAAAUUGAAUCUUCAAAC